GCGGUUGGGGUAAAUGUGAUUGUUACGAAGAAAAAAUUAAAGUAAUAAAAAAUGUGCGCUAAUCCACACAGGUUAAAAAUACUGCAUGUGUAGGUUUCAAAUGUACAACGGUGAAGUACACCGGGCGUGGUACCGUCCUUUUCGAUUGGCAUGGGCGGAAACCAAAAAAAGUUUUUCACGCGAUUUAUGCUACAAGAGAAACGGCUUGUACCGGUCUGAGCGAGUGCCUGGUACACAAUGUAUGCCAUGACAAUGUAUGCUUUACAUAAUCUUGUUGCGCUGUGUAAGUGUACAAUUUGUAGCGAAUAGGGUGAGAGCCCGAAAGCAGCUAGGUUGCUGACUUCCGGUUAUGAUAAUUGAUUGUAGCUACGCUGAAAAGACGCCGAGUUUGAAAAAUGUAUGCGUGCCCCGUUUUGCUACGGAAACCUCAUCCGCAUGGUUCCCAAAACAGGAAAAACACGGCUAUACUGCGUUUAUGCAACGGGGUGAGAAGCUUUACAAAAAGGCAGGAGACGAUGUGGUGUUGACGCCAGAUAAGCCCAAUAUAACUGACCCCAUUACAGAAAUCCUAUGGAAGCAAGGUCCUAAUAAAGUGGUAGAUUGGGAUACAAUGUUUGGACUGGCCAUAUAUGGUAACUUUAAAGAGCGGACAACCCUGGACAACGCUACUGGAGUACUGAGCAUCAAGGACAUAUCCAAAAAAGACAAUGGAGUAUAUUCUGUGGAGUUUAACGGCAAAUUGCUUGAGAAGAAAUACACCUUAUCUGUUAUCAAAGCGGUGCCGAAACCUCAAAUCACAUAUUCCUGUAACCCUGACAAAACCAUCUGCACUCUGACCUGUGAGGGUGACGCCACCGAUGCCGAACCCGUCACCUACAGCUGGAGAAAGGGAGGGGUGGGGUUGGAGGCGUCAGACAACCAGCUGACUGUCAAUGAGACUGAUGACUCAGAAACCACCUACACCUGUCAGCUCAAGAAUCAUGUGAGCGAGGCCAUGGGAGACUUUGUUAUUGUACCGUUUGGAAAUGACCCAGGUGGCUGGUGGAACAACACCAGGUUCUUGGGUUUUUCUGUCUUUGUUCUUGCGGUCUUACUAGUUGUGGUGUUGACUAUUAUUCAUAGAUUUAAAACAGGAGUUUGGUUUUAUCAGAAAGAAUCAAUGCCAUGGGAAGGAGACUUUUGGAAGAACCAGAACGAAGCGGGACCUCCCGCUGAUGCAUCCAAUGGAGUUUCCUACUCCGUUGUUAAUGAUCCUGCGCCUAACGAGGGGACUGAGAAUCCAGAGGAAAAACCAUGAGCAUCGGAUGCUUUCACUAAUGCAGUAUAGCAGGCAGUUGGGGUCUGUGUCGAAGAGGAUCAUGAGAAACAACCUGUGUAACCUAAACACUGGAUGACAGAGAACACAUUGUUACUUUACUGCAACAUCAAAUGACUCUUAUACCCUGAUCUGAAAAAGAGGUCAGUCCGAGUUUAAAUGAAAUGUCCUAUACCUUACAAAUAAGUGGCACCAUUUGUGUUUUUAUCAUGAAUUAACAUUGCUCAUACUGAUACUGCAUUCUAAUGCUGUAUACUAAUACUGUGUGAUUUGUUUAAAGCCUGCUCACGUUUUUACUCUGCCAGAAAGAGUGCCAGAACGAUCUGCUUGGAUCUGUGCUUCGUUCCCUAAUAAAACGUGUUUACUACAGUACUUGUAAACCCUACAAUGACAAUCUUAAGAUGUGUUUGCAAAACGAGUAGCUUACUUUACAUUAUCAAUAACACCAAGAAUCUGUUUUAACCCACUACAUUCUAGCUGGACUGUAAAUAUCCCAUAAUAUUAUGUUGUUUUUACUUAAACUUUGUUUUCAAUGUAUGUACACUCUAUGAAAAGAGGUGCUAUCUAGAAACGUAUGGUUCCCUAUAGAACCAUGUUCUGCAGAGGAUUCUACAUGGAAUCCAAAAGGGUUCUCCUAUUGGGACAGUGUACCUGUAUGUUUUAUUUAUUCUUUUCGGUUGAAAAAAUGAAUGCCUACAUUUUGUGUGUUUUGCUUGUUAGGAGUUUUUUGUUGUUGAAUUUAUAGGAUUUAGUUUUUUAAUGAUUUGAGUAUGAAUACAUUAAACAUUCUGUUACCAAU